GUUGACAUUGGUUUGCGAGAAGCGAGAAACGAGUGCAUGAGUGAGAGUGAGCUCGAAGCGUUUGAAAGCAGGUAAAGCAAGAAUGUUGUCACCAUUCAUCCUUUCUGUUUUGAAAUGUCAGCAUUACUACUCAAGCACAAACCGAAUGAAUAAAAAUCUAGAUGGAAAUAGAUCCUGAAUUUUUGAUAAGUGAAGUUUUUUCACAUCCACCACUGUGGAAUCAACAACAUAAAAGUUAUCGCAACAGAAUCAUAGUGGAAAAACUAUGGAAAGAAGUGGCUUCGAAUAUGAACGUAACAAGUGAGCAAGCGAAAAAGAAGUGGAAGUACCUACGGGAUCAGUUUCGAAUAGAAUGGAGAAAAAUUCCAGCAGCUAAAUCUGGAGAAGCGCGAUUAUCGAAUGCCGAAUAUGAUUCCUAUACCGGAUGGUCACAUUUCAAAAGCAUGCUUUUCUUGAAAGACUCAAUAAGACAGAGAAAAACUUCGUUUUCCUCACUUGGCACAAACCCGCAGAAAAAUACGGACUCCAAAGAAGAUUUGGCGACUACAGUGAAAUACAGUAAUAAAAAUGCAACGCAACAGAUCGGAGAGGAUAUUGAUCUUCUUGUAGGCAUGCCGACAUCGACGAAGAGAUUUCGUAAACAUCUCAAUGAAGAAACAGAGACUAUCGAUAGCAAAAAUAAGAAACUGAAACUUCUGGAACUAAAGGUCAAUGAAAAACACGAGAGGGAUGAAGACGAAGCAUUCUUCGACAGCCUCUUACCGCACGUAAGGAAACUAUCACCUGAAAUGAAAAUGUUGUGCCGCAUGGAAAUCCAAAACGCAGUUUUCAAUUAUGUCUACAGCAAUAAAUAUCAGCAUGUGAAUAACGAAAUUAAGCCAGAAUUAGAUUAAAACUGCUUACAGUAAAUUCUGUUUAGGCAGAAAGAAGCUACUAAUAAGGAGUUGAUUCCAUGCCGCAAAACUCUAAGCAGAAAUCCAUACCCUGAAGCAAGAAUUGAGGCUAGGAAUAUCAGUGUAACACGCAAAUACAAACGAGGUCAGUAUCGUUCAUAUAACAUUAUUUCGAGAUUCCCUAAUAACAUUUUUCUGUUCCUACUGCCCACACGGGUUUAUCAGAAAAUCGAAAAGCAGUGGAGAGGACCUUGCGACGCGAGGGUAGUCGAUAUUUGAUACCGAAUGGUCGUGGUGCAAUAACCCAAUCAAUGACGCUGGAGACUGUCGUGUCACGUGAUGAUGGUGUGGGCUGAAAGCUUCAAAAAGCAAAACAUAUUGCCGAACUACGCUCAAGCGCUAAUUUGUUUCGAUAUUGAUCGUUGUGGUGAAUCAUCGUUAGAAAAGUAUAAU